AUGAAUUUCCGGAUCCUCCUAUGUGUUUUGCUACAGUAUGAGGUGAUUGUAUUUGCAUCAGGUCAGACAUUCCCGAUAGUCAACACUCCUUCCGGUCCAAUCAAGGGAGUGGUCGUCCCUACCCUUGGAAAGGAUAUUGUGCAGUUCAGAAAUAUUCCCUACGCAAAACCUCCAGUUGGCAAUCUCCGAUUUGAGAAACCACUUCCGGUAGAACCAUGGACAGAAACACUCGACGGAACUGUUUUUGGUCCCUCUUGUAUACAAGAUAAAUCUUUUUAUCCGGAGCUUUGGGAAAAUAUGCCAGAAAAUCCGGAAUUAACUGAGGAUUGUUUACAGUUAAAUGUUUACGUACCUGGAUCAGUUUUAAAUGAUGUGAAGAAACCAGUCAUGUUUUGGAUCCAUGGCGGAGGUUUUAUAUUGGGAAAUAGUUGGGAAUCUGACGGGUCACUCAUUGCAAUGAAAGACGUUAUCGUAGUAACCAUCAACUACCGUCUAGGAUUAUUUGGAUUUCUCAGUACGGGAGAUACGUCACUACCAAGCAACUUUGGCCUUUGGGAUAUGAUUGAAGCCUUGAAGUGGGUAAAUCAAAACAUAGCUUCAUUCGGGGGCGAUCCUGAAUCUGUUACAAUUUUUGGCGAAUCGGCAGGUGGUUUUGCUGUGUCAUACCUUGCUGUGAUUCCAAGUACUGCUGGUUUAUUUAAGCGUAUCAUACCUCAAAGUGGAUCUGCUGUAGGAUUUAUGGGUAUUGCUCCAAAUCCCGCAGGCGUUGCAAAUGCUGCGGGGAAAGCCCUAGGAUGUAUAGCUGACGAAAAUGAAGAUAUCAGUAACAAAAAUCUGAUAGUUUGCCUCAAAACCAAAAGUGCCGACGAGUUGUUAAAUAUUCAACAGAAUCCAGGAAUUCAAUAUACAGACACUUUUUCUCUUUUACCUCAGAUCUGGCCCAUUAUCGAUGGAGAAUUACUGCGGAGGUCACCUUACGAUAGUUUAAAUUACCCGGAUUCUGAGGAAUCUUCUUACUUUAGGUCUUUAGAUAUGAUGACAGGCACGACCAGCAAUGAAGGAUCCCUGCUAUCUAUUAUUAUGUCUGAACUUCAAGAACCCAUGGGAUUUAACAUUACUGAGGGUAUUCCUACAACUGUUUUAUGCGACGUUGUUGCUCCAACAUUAGCUAAGGAAAUGUUCAACGACGAUACAGUCGUAUCCGAUUUACUUUGUAAGGAAUAUACGGCUGCCAACAUCAAGCAACAAGGUAGAAACAUUGCAAAUCUGUAUUCAGAUGCAUGGUUUAAUGCUCCAACGGUGCAACUCCUCGAAUUCCACUCAAAGCAUAACAAAAACGCUAACACAUAUCAAUAUUUGUAUACCCAAACAUUGACCUUUCCUUAUGCGAUUCCUGAAUACCCGUGGAUGGAAGGAGCAGGACACUCGACCGAACUGGUUUACAUGUUUGGCCCGAAAGGCAUGAACGAAAUGGACGCAUCCUUGUCAACGAAUGAAGGAAGGGCAUUUACUGACGUCCUUGUUAAUUAUUGGACCAACUUUGCCAAAUCAGGGAAUCCUAAUGGAGAUGGUUUAGUACAGUGGAAAGAGUUCACACCAGACAAUCGGAACUAUAUGGAGUUGAAGUUCCAGCCGAUACCGGGUCAAAACUUGUACGGAAAGAGGAUAAAAUACUUGUUACAGGAGAUCCCUAACAAGCUCAAGAAAAAUGUUAAAACAGAACUUUAG